CCCUUUUCCUAUUGUCUAUUGUCCAGCUCUGGUCCUUUUUCACUUCUCUCCAUUGUCAUUGUGAAUUCGGAUAACUUUUCACCUAAAAAAGAAAACACAUGAGAAGGGGGUGGGCAGGGCUGUACCUCCUAUGCGGGUGAUUUGAGGAAGAAAAGGUCUACUCUUGAUAAAAAUGUGUAAUUAGAGUCACUCUCUGGAUUAAGACAUUGUCUCAAGGAAGCCUCUAUUAAUUAUAGGUAAGGAUUGAUACAUUGGCCUACUAUACCUACUAUCAGUUCAGCAAGGACAAUUUCACUAUCCUGUCAGCUGUGAACUUAGAAAGUUAGACUUUUACCGUGUUAACCUUACACAAACACACACACAAUCUGAGCAGCUUUGGUCAUCCAGCCCAGUCCUUAGCACAUUGUAGCCCAAAGUAUACCCUUAAUAUGUUUUUAUUAAAUUGAUGUGCAGGUGAAGAGGCAAGGCUGUCAUGUGUUCUGUGGGCAGACUGUAGACUCAGGUGUGUGUGCGGUCUGGAUAUUAAAGCGAUCAAGGCUCAAAAAGUUUUGAGGCAAGGAUGAAAACAUCGAUGCUUGGGUUUUUCAGUUUCAUUUCUCAGUCACUAAUUUUCACCUCACGAAAAAAACACAAAGUGAAUGGGAUGAAAUGCAUCGUGACUUGGAAUACGUUUGUCUUAAUUUAUUGAGUUUUCAAUGGCUCAGAUAGACCUUAAAAUUCUUUAAAAAUAAAUUGGUGUAGGGGCCAGCCCGUGACCGUGACCGAGUGGGUGAGUUCUCGCGCACUGCUUCAGCGGCCCAGGCCCAGGAUUUCGCUGGUUUGGGUCCUGGGCGCAGACGAGGCACCGCUCGUUGAGCCAUGCUGGCAGCGUCCUACAUGCCACAGCCGGAGGGACCCACAACUAGAAGUACAAAACUAAGUACGGGGGACGGGGUUGGGAGAAAAAGGAAAAAUAAACUCUUUAAAAAAUAAAAAUAAAAAUUGGUGUAGUAGAGAGUCACACAAAUGCUCAGUCAGUAUAACAAUUUCUGCCUUUUACUUUACAGUUCUUUUUAGAUUAACGAAACUUUUAAGGACUUUGAAAGGAUGGGAAUAAAGUAGCGAAUUUUGUAUUUUAAGUUUUCCUAUCUGGAUAUGUCAAAUUCUAGGUAACUUCAAUAACACACAGCAGUAGAAAUUUAUACGGCGCCUCAGAGUUACCGAGUUUUCAAACCUGGAGAAAUUCUGGUAAUCAUGACUCCGGGAUACCUAAUUUAUUUACGUAUUACAAUUAGUACUUUAAAAAAAACCUUUCAGAAAAAACGGGAAGACGGAUAGCCAAAGCCAGAGCCCUUAACGCAGUUGUUUUUUUCUUUUUUUUCCAAUCGUAUUACAUCAUAGGAACAGUUCAAACACAGCCCAGGAAGCAAUAAUCAGACCCAAGUGAUCUUUAGAUGGGAAGAAAAAGUAGUUUGCUCGGCAUUUCCCAGAUUGUCUUAAUAGUUUCAGUAAAAAGUAGAACGAGAAAUGUUUCAGCAGCCUGUUCAGCCCCCAGCCGCAAACCAAAAUCGAACCCGGGACUUUUCCUAGGCGCGAGCAGAGCGGCGGGUGGUGACGGGAAAGAGCCGGGCGCCUCUGACCGAACCGGGCCGGCGGGCAGGAGCCCUGGGCCGGGGAGGCCCCUCCUCUGGGCUUUCGGAAAGCUGCUGGAAGCGCCCUUUCCCCGCGGGCUCCUCCACCCGGAGGCCGCCACUGCGGGACGCAGGCGGGUGGGGGACAGAAAGGCCCGGGAAGGAGACCGCGGGGACGGCGACGGGACGCGAGCGCGGGGGCCGGGCCGAGAGCGUGUCCCCGGGCGACGCCGCUGCUGUUGUCCCGGGUGCUGAAGAGCCGGGAACUUCCCGGGAGCAGCGGCCACUUUCCUCCCUCGGCGCGCGGGGUGGGGGUCCAGGGUGCGCACCUGCUCAGCCCGUCCUGGCCCCGGGCCCGGAGGCGCCGGCCAGAUGCGGCCUCCCCGGCCCGGUUCAGGGGGAGGAGGUGGAUGGGGGGCGGUGCGCAUCGCCGGGCGCCCCAGACCGGACCCCGGGCGCCCCUUCCCCGGCCCUCGGGCCGCCCCGUGCCGCGCCCUCCGCUCCACCUGCGCGCGGACUCGGGCCGCCGGGGGACUCGGGCGCUCGCGGGCUGAGGGCGGCGGGAGCCGGGCAGGGGCGCAGGGUGCCGGGUGCGUGGAGAGAGCGGCCAGCGUCCGGGGAUUGGGGGGGUGGAGGAAAGAGCGCGCGGGGCAUGCGCAGUGGGGCGGAGGAGGUGGCGAUGGCCGGGGGAGGCGGGGGGACUGCUGUUUAUUUGCAGCUGGGCCAACUCGGCGGCGCAGGCGGCGGCGGAGCGCGGGGCGCCAGCGGCGGGUCCAGCGGCCGCCGCACCAUGCCCGAGCCCGCCUCCGGGCAGCCGCCGCGCGCCGCCGGGGCCCCGGCCGGGGAGGAUGCCAGACGCCCAGGAGAGGCCAGGGCAGCGGCGGCGGCGGCGGCGCGAUGGUGGUGACCAGCUCUGCCCGAGGCGGCGGCGGGGACCGCGCGCCCUCCCGGCAGCGGGGCUGCGGACUCGCGCCGGCCGGGGCUGCGGCGCUGCUGGCCGGGGCGAGCUGCCUGUGCUACGGCCGCUCCCUGCAGGGCGAGUUCGUGCACGACGACGUGUGGGCGAUCGUGAACAACCCCGACGUGCGGCCCGGCGCCCCGCUGCGCUGGGGCAUCUUCACCAACGACUUCUGGGGCAAGGGCAUGGCCGAGAACACCAGCCACAAGUCCUACCGGCCGCUCUGCGUCCUCACCUUCAAGCUCAACAUAUUUUUGACUGGCAUGAACCCAUUCUACUUUCACGCAGUAAAUGUAAUUUUACACUGCCUCGUGACUCUUGUGCUGAUGUACACCUGUGACAAAACUGUCUUCAAGAAUCGUGGGCUUGCUUUUGUGACGGCCUUGCUUUUUGCUGUGCAUCCUAUUCACACUGAGGCGGUGGCUGGAAUUGUUGGCAGAGCUGACGUGUUAGCGUGCCUGCUGUUCCUGUUGGCCUUUCUCUCCUACAAUAGGAGUGUGGACCAGUGUUGUGUUGGGGAAUGUUUCCCUCCCACGGCUUCUCCCUUCUUCUUGCUGCUCAGUUUGUUUCUGGGGACCUGCGCAAUGCUGGUGAAAGAGACAGGCAUCACCGUGUUCGGCGUGUGCUUGGUCUAUGAUCUCUUUUCGCUAUCCCACAAGCAAGAGAAAUCGAGCAAUGGGGUCAUCCCUCAUCGCAGCCCGCAGCAGCCCCGGAGCCCCCAGCCCUCCUCACUGCCAGCGCACCCUCUCCGGGAGAACGGGAAGCAGCAGCGGUUCCCUCACAAAGGAGCUUGGGGUGGCUGCCACUCCCCAUUGCCACCAGAACCCAAGAGCAGUGGAUUCCCGGUGUCUCCUCGAGCUGUGUGGUCCAUGAUGAGGUAUCUGACAGCGAGCAGCAAUAGAAAUUUCCUGCUUACCAUGAGGCCAUUCUUAAAGAGGGCCAUUUUGGUCAUAAGUUAUGUGAUUGUUGUGUUGUACUUUCGUCUGUGGAUGAUGGGAGGAUCUAUGCCCCUCUUUUCAGAGCAGGAUAAUCCAGCUUCAUUUUCGCCUUACAUUCUUACAAGAUUCCUCACCUAUUCCUACCUCUUGGCCUUCAACGUGUGGCUUCUGCUUGCACCUGUUACCCUGUGCUAUGACUGGCAGGUCGGCAGCAUCCCUCUGGUCGAGACCAUAUGGGACGUGCGGAACUUAGCCACCAUCCUUCUGGCAGUUGUGAUGGCCUUACUGAGCCUUCAUUGUUUAGCAGCCUUCAAGAGACUGGAGCACAAGGAAGUUUUAGUGGGCUUGUCGUUCCUGGUUUUCCCGUUCAUUCCAGCCAGCAAUCUCUUCUUCAGGGUGGGUUUUGUGGUGGCCGAGAGAGUCCUUUACAUGCCUAGCAUGGGCUACUGCAUCCUUUUUGUGCAUGGACUGAGCAAGCUCUGCACUUGGCUGCAUCGAUGUGGGGCCGCCACCCUGACUGCGUCCACUGUGCUGCUGUUGUUGCUUUUCUCUUGGAAAACUGUGAAACAGAAUGAAAUAUGGCUGUCAAGAGAGUCCCUAUUCAGGUCUGGAGUUCAAACUCUGCCCCACAAUGCCAAGGUUCACUACAACUACGCCAAUUUCCUGAAGGACCAAGGUCGGAACAGGGAAGCCGUCUACCACUACAGAACAGCUGUCAGGUUGUAUCCGCGCCAUGCAAGUGCCCUGAACAACCUUGGAACACUGACGAGAGACACCGCAGAGGCAAAGAUGUACUAUCAGAGGGCUCUGCAGCUAAAUCCACAGCAUAACCGGGCUCUCUUCAAUCUCGGGAAUCUUCUUAAGUCCCAAGACAAAAAGGAAGAGGCUAUCAUCUUACUGAAGGAUUCCAUUAAAUAUGGUCCAGAGUUUGCAGACGCAUAUUCAAGCUUAGCUUCAUUAUUAGCUGAACAGGAGAGAUUUAAGGAAGCUGAGGACAUAUACCAGGCUGGAAUAAAGAACUGUCCAGACAGCUCAGAUUUACACAACAACUAUGGGGUUUUCUUAGUUGAUACUGGCUCUCCAGAGAAGGCAGUGGCCCAUUACCAACAGGCCAUCAAACUUAGCCCAAGUCAUCACGUGGCCAUGGUGAACCUGGGGAGGCUCUACAGGUCGUUAGGAGACAACAGUGUGGCUGAAGAAUGGUACAAACGUGCCCUGCAGGUGGCACGCAAAGCUGAGAUCCUAUCACCUUUGGGAGCCCUGUAUUACAACACUGGCCGGUACGAAGAGGCUCUGCAGAUUUACCGGGAAGCUGCAGCCCUUCAGCCUUCUCAAAGGGAGCUCCGCCUGGCACUGGCUCAGGUUUUGGCCGUGAUGGGUCAGACCAAAGAAGCUGAAAAGAUGACCAUCCACAUUGUGUCUGAGGAGGCUGGCUGCCUUGAAUGCUAUCGCCUGCUGUCAGCAAUUUACAGCAAGCAGGAGCUCCACGACAAGGCUCUUGAUGCUAUAGACAAGGCUCUGCGGCUGAAACCAAAGGACCCAAAAGUUAUAUCUGAACUUUUUUUUACAAAAGGAAACCAACUAAGAGAGCAGAACCUUCUUGACAAAGCUUUUGAGAGCUAUAAAGCAGCUGUGGAACUAAAUCCAGAUCAAGCGCAGGCCUGGAUGAACAUGGGUGGAAUCCAACACAUCAAGGGAAACUAUGUGUCUGCAAGAGCUUAUUAUGAGAGAGCCUUACAGCUGGUUCCAGACAGCAAACUGCUGCAGGAAAAUCUCGCCAAAUUGGAUCGCCUCGAAAAACGAUUGCAAGAAAUUCGAGACAAGGAUCAUACGUAGCGGCACUUGCCUCUGUCUCGAAGGACAGUGCUGGUGCCUCUGGAAGAGGAAGAAGUAAUGGAGGCCUUGCUCUCACAGCCAGUGAAGCUUUCCUGUCACUCCCAGUUGAGGGUGGCACGUUGGCAGACACCUGCUGGGAGCCCUGUGCUGUGGGACUGGCGUUUCCAUGAAAAAAGACAAAAAGAGCGAGCAAGGGCAGGGAGGUCAGAGCUGGAGGAAAACAACAAAGGCACGUUUCACAGAUUUUCAUUUGCUUUAACUCCAGAUUUCCCUUCAUGUAUUUCUCUGCUUUUGCAAUCUGGAGAUCUGAUUCGACUUCUUAGUUUAGACUUUUAUGUCCCAGAAAUAUAGAAGCUUGAAAUGCUAUGAAGAGCAUCUCUUCUUGAUGAGAUGAGAUAUUUCAAAGAAAAUCAAUCCUCUGAGAUAAGUCAUUUGGGAAACUGGACCAAGAGGUGGCUCAUUUAAUUCUCCAGAACCAGAAAUGAGUAUCUAGUGGUUUUUGUAGAACCUUCUGGAAUAUAUGGAGAAAAGGAGCUUGAUCUCAUAUCCCCCUAAGGACAUUGCUGGAGCUCUAGUGAGGAGUAAAUUAAAUUCCUCUCUGAUGCAAGCUUUGCCCAUUGCCUAAUAUAUCAAAAAAGAAGCUUUUGAAUUGUGUACGGAUAUUCCUAUCUCUAGGGGAACAUCACGGAUCUUGGUACCCCUAAUUCUUUAUGGAGAUUUAAAAAUUAUUUUAAUUUUAUUACGAGUAUUGCUAGAGUAGUGGUUCUGCUCUAAGAUUUUAAAAGUGCUUUUAAAGUCAUAAAUGUUUCUGCCUCCAAAUAUAUUGUUAUUUUGGUGGAGAAAAAAUAGUAUAUUCUACAUGAGAAAUAUUAAAGAUAUUAACUGAGAGAAAUGUUCUGCUUUAUUAUCUUAACAUUCAGACAUCAUGAGAUUUAUUAUUUUUUUUGAAAAAUAUAUUUAACCAUUGAGGAAUAUUUACAAUAUAUCACAGAAAUUUUCGUAGACUCUAACUAGAUGGAAGGAGAGCUCUAUUGAUUGUCUACCUAGGCUUAAUGAGAAUUCUGUGCUUAGAACAUGAGUGAUACACACCCAGAAUUCUUGGUUCUCUAUUUGUAAUUUUGGAGAUUUCAUGGGGAAUGCUCAACAAAUCCAGGAAAAAGUCUAACUUCAUAAUUUAAAAAAAUAUAUAUUUAUAUUUAAAAGAUAAGGCAAAAUUGAACUUACGAUUUGACAUUUGUUUUUUAGUGUUAUUUAUUUCAUAACUUAUAAAAUACUUAAUAUAUGUAUACACACAGGUUUUUCUUUGUACAUAGUUAAUACAGCUUUCAAAACUGAUCACUCAAAAAUUAUAAAUCUAAAUUACAAAGUUCUUAAGUUUUAACAUCCCCUCCAAAAAAUUAUAUGGACUAUUUGCUUGCUGAAGUUAAAGAAAUUAGGGAUGAGCCUUCAGUGUUUGGGUGGUAAUAUAUUUUUGGGUGGUAAUAUAUUUUGGUAGAUACUUUGAAAUUUCAACACCUGAUUCUAAUUUGGUCAUCAUCAUAAAAUUAAAAAAACAAAAACAAAACAGUCUGGGCAGUGCUGUUCAUGGUGCUGAGCCAGGUAUCACAGAGAUGGAGUAGGUUGAAGGCACACGUAUUCCACAUGUUCAGGCCAGGGCAGAGUAAAACGUCUUCUGCCUCUUUUCAACUCAGUAUCAGGAAACACUGCCCCUAUAUUGUUGUUGUGGUUGUUGUUGUUGUUGUCCAGGUAAAUAUAUAUAAAAGGAAGAAAAACUUCUUUGGAAAGAGAUGAUUCGAGGAAUAUUUUAAAUGCAAAGGAUUACAGAUUUUGCAUUAGCAUACAUCCCUGUGUGUGCAUCAACAAUCCAAUAAUGUAUAUAUUACGAAUGAUCUUCUAGUAGUCUUUUAAGGUUAUAUAUCAUAAAUUUAUUCAAAAUUUUAUUUAAAAUAUUUUUCUUCCCCAAAUUAUACUUCUGUAGUCCUAAAGCCAAGAAAUAUACUCCGGUGUUGAUUGUAAAAUAACCGUCCCAACCCCAAACUGAAUAAUAUGAAGCUCUACCUAAAAACAAUACCUAAGACUUUAACCACAAGUUUUUAGAAUAAUCUAUAACCAAAACUCACCCUUAGAAAGUUAAUGGAAAAGACUGAGCCCCAAAUUUUGAAAACCACGUAUACCCUACUUGAAGCGCUGCUGAAGGAAGGGGAGUACAUUUGUUAGAAUAAUUGAAAUGACAAUUACAGCCUGAAAGUUUCUGAGAGAAUAGGGUCACAUGGCCUUCAGGAGACUUUUUCUGCCUUCCUUUGGGUGCUUGCCCUCCUCCCACCCCCUGCCUGUCUGUGAUUCCUUCCCUCCUUCCAUUCCUCUCUCUCUCUCUCUCUCACUGUCUCAUUCUGUCUGCCCACACUGGCAUCUCUUUGAACAUUAAAAGUAACCACUGUUCCAUCAGAUGUUUUUCCUGAGUUAAUACUACUUCACUGAGCUGUGGCCAAUGAAAUAGUUUCCAUAGUUGAAAUGGUGCCUAUACAAAAAUAAACCACAUAUUAUUUUUCAAAAAUAUCAAGUGUAUUUUGUAACUAUUUUUUAUUUGGUCCUUGUAACAUGAAAUCAUAUGCAGAUUUUAUCGUUAUCAAAAUAAAAAUGGAGUGCCCUGGCUAAUCAUGGAGAUGCAUCGGGGUUGCCCUCAAUGAAAGCAUGCUUGGCAUGUGAGUUGAAAGCCCCUUCCUGAGAUGGCAUUGCAGAGCCAGCUUCAUUGAUAUACAGGCUGUGUGGUCCCUCAGGGUCCUGCACGCACAAGCACCUUAGGCUUGGUUGAAUACUCUGCUUAAAUUUCUUGAUAAUUUUUGAACAAGGGGUCCCACAAUUUCAUUUUGCACUGGGUUCUCAAAUAUGUAGUGGGUCCUGGGUGGAAGGGAACACUGCUAAGGACAAGACAGGAGGUGCUUCAGUCUGCCUGAACACUUGAUCCAGUGGUCAGAGUUUCAUCUGUGACUGUGUUUCUCUGAGCAGCAUUUGCUGUUUCUUCUCAGCUACAUUUAGAGUUUCUCAUGUACAUGUCUCCCCCCUCCUCCUGCCAAUCUGUCUAACCUGUCCUUCAGUCAUACCUAGGACCAGUUCUCCUUGCCUUCAAAAUAAGUGGCAAUCCUUUAACUUGUCCUUUGACAUAGGAGUCAUGAGAAUGGCUUUACAAGCUUAUUUCAACCUUAAGAAUUAUUCAGGAUUUUUUAAAUGAUGCAGAUGUUUUCAAUCUGUUCGCGGUAUUCAUAAAACAUGGCUCAGUGAUAUAACAUAGGUGAACUAAACCAAAGAUUCACAUACCUUGGAGGAAAAUAAAUUUAUUUUAGGGAGUCCUCAGAGAUAUCCUUUUGAGUUUGUUUCUUUUGAAGCCUAUCACAAAGAGGAUUGGCAGCACUUUAAUCCGACCCUCUAGCGUGCUUCACAGCCCCAGCAUAGGAUUCUGACGUUCAUAACAGGUGGUGCUUCUGUGAUGCAGGGUCUUGUAGCAGUUGUGCAAAUGCUUCUGUACAACUGCUUUUCAACAAGACUAAAUGAGAAAAUCCAAACCAUUGCGCACAAACCAACCUACAAAUGCUGUAAUCUGGAGGGGAAUAGAAAGCAAAUGUGCAGUUUCUUACUGUCUUUAUGAAGCAUUCCAGGCCCCUCAGAUUGAAGAGCCCCAUUCUGCUGACAGUUGAGAUCUAGUCCUUCACACCGAGGGGCUCUCCUCCCUGGCUGGACUUUAGGGCCACCUGGGGACCUCUGGAAAUCCCUGGACGCUGGCUGCCCGUGUUAUGAUUCUCAUAUGCAGCUAGACUAGAGAGCCACCGCAGGCUAACAACUUUAAUGGGAGUUUAUGACUCUCACAAAAGAGAUGUUUAUACUCUUUCACAAUUUUUACUUUUAAAUCUAGACUAUAAUGAGCCAAAGAGUUCUAAAGAAUGAUUUAUGGUACAAUUGGUUGGUUGAGACUGUCAUUCCAACAAACAAAUCAUUGACAAACAGGUGGGUUGGGUGGGCUGGCGCACUUGUAGCAACUGGAUUAUAAUUUAACCUUAUAAUUAUAGAAUUCUUGGAUCUCAGAUGGAGAGGAAUCGCCUUGCCAUUCACAUGUACCAGAUGAGGUGCUCAGUAUAUAAAACUCAUAUUUUUUUAUGACUCAUAGAAGGUGUCCAUGACAUAGUUUAUGCUUAGACCUGUGUCUCUCUUUGGGUCACACACAUGUCAUCUUUUGUUAAUUAUUUCUUAAUUGUACUCAUUAAAAUCAGUUUUUGGGGAAAAAAACACUUGAUCUGAUUUGUGGUGGAUUUGCACCUUAGAUUAAUAAAUCUAUAGGAUAUUAGUAACAACGUUCAAAGCAGACGUAGUUGUAGGUGGUUGGUUUGUUUUUAAUUUUUUUCCUGGUUUUCAAAUCACAUUUACUUUGAUUAAAUUAUAGGUUGGUAUCUCCCAAUAAUAGCAAAACAACUAUCUGAAUGACAUCUUUCAACUUUUUAAAAGAGCAGAUACCUUUCAAAUCUUGCAUUUAGGCUGCAACUAUGACAAAAGCUUACAAUGCCAAAAAUAUAUAUAUAGGGAAAUAUUAUAACUUUUUCUUAUUAUUAUUGAAGUUUUUGAUGUAAAAGAAAAACAUGUUGAACAAUUCUUCCAAAAAUAGCCCUUCCUCAUUAUUUUUGUUUUUAGUAGCCAUGCAACUUAAAGAGAAGAAAUAAAAUAACUGUGUUGGAAGGCACGGUUUAAUAUCAGUAAAAUAAAAUAGCACAACAAAAUCAGUGAUAUUCAUAUUUGUCAAUUGGUUCAUAUAAAAAUGUCCCAUUUUUAUCACCAAGGAUUCCUUCAGUUAAAACCUUUAGGGUAUACAUCUCAUAAAAUCAGCAUCCAUCACAAUAGACAGUCGUUAUUAAUUUGUGAGUUUAGAUCACCAUUUACACCAGACUGGAAAGAGAUGUUCAUAUCCAGAAAUCCAAGAGUUUCUUCCCAGUUUCCAUGGUUCACAUGGUGUAUAUGUGUGGAAGUUUCCAAUGUGGAUAAUGUCCUUUCGGGGUCGUCUUGCUGGUCCAUAAUGGGGGGUGCACCAGUCCGAGAAUCAUGAAAUCUGGGUUCUAGUUCUGUCUCUGCCACCCAGGAGCCACCUCACCUUAGGCAAGUUACCAAAUGUCUCAGUUCUAUUUAUUACGCUUUAAAGGCCUGGUUAGUUCUAUGGAACCAUUAAGCUCUCUGAGUUUCCUGAAUCCAGAUUCAAAGCCCUCUGCACCUAAAGACGUAACUAAGUGUUGCCCUUUGUUUUAGAAAUUCUUAAAAGAUAAUCACCACAACAAAACACAUACUCAACCCUAAAAGGGAUGGAACUGCCCAAGUGGUUUAACCUGGCAGAGGUACCUACUCAUUUUGCUGCCUGUACACACAAAAAUUAAUGAUUUUGUUAUGUUUCCAGGGGAAAAAAGAUUUAAAAAAAUUUUCUCCUAAGGAAUGAAAAUACCUGUAGAAGCCAUGGCUUGCUUUUAUAAUGUGGAAGUCAUUUGACUUGCUGUAACUCACACCAAUCCCGCCUUUUGUCAGGGGAAAUGACUUGCAUCAUGUUCUUUGUUCAUAACGCUUUUAUUUCCUCCUUUGAUCAGUUGUAUAUAAAUGUACAUUUUUGUUACUUUUGCUGUGCCAGUUAGAAAUAGAUCCCAUAAAGUAUUUCUCCCAUUUAAGUCUGAUUAUGUAUACUUUGCCUUGUCUUUCCAAAAUAAAAUUUAUGUAAAUGUCUAUUUUAUAUAAAAUACGAUGAAAAUAAUGUCUUGUUUCAAUCUCUCAAGUGCUCCAUGAUUAGUACCCAUUGAAAUCCACAUCACCAGGAGGUGUCUGCUUUAAAAAUAAAAAAGACCAUCUUCCUUCCUUCA